AAAAUAUUAAUUCACUUCCUUCAUACAUAUUACUGUAUAGAAUACGACAGUUUUGUGUGUUGUCCAGCCAUCCUUGUAAGCUGCGUCGAGGAAGGAAUUUGUUGUUAUUAGUUUUGCAUGAUUUUAAACUAUUUUGACAGUAUUCAAACAGUGCCUGAUGGCGAGUUCAUGGCUGCUGGUUCUGCUCGCAUUGUCCUGUGGUGCUUUUGGUCGUCAAAAGUUUGAAUGCACUAAAUGGAUAGUAAAGGAAGAGAAAUCAUCUGACGAAACUGCAAAGGACAGAAUAAACUGCAGCUUUCAUGAAGAGAAUAAUACCAUCAACGUUGAAACUCCGAUUUCCUGCUUGAAUUCCAGUGAACUCGCUGAACUGACCAAAAGCAGACACUUCCACCACGCUGUUAAACUUUCUUUCAGUUCUAAUAAUAGUUUAUAUACCAUAGAACUUAAGAAAAAGGACAAUGAUGAAGAAAGCGAGAGACGUGAUUGUUGGUGCCGUUUCUGCAAGAACAAAGCUGUUAAAUGUCGGACAUGCUCACCCACGUCAGGGCAUCAUAGAAAAGCACAGCAUUGGGACAAGUUAACAUUUAUCCUCGUCAUCGUCGCUAUAGUUGGUGGUAUCUUCCUGUUCCUCUUUGUGAUUUUCAGAAAGAAAAUUGUAAAGACUUGGAAAUCGAAUAAUGACUCUACCGUAGCCACCAGGAAACCCUGCACAGACAUGACAGGAGAAAUGGCUCUGGGUCGUUUUGGGUACACAGCUGACCUAGGUUCUAACUCUGGAACGUACAGUCUUCCAAGAACUGAGAUUGAGGGAAGGUGCUACAGACCCCUGCAGCAGUCGGUGACGAACACAACAGACCCACAUUUUCAGCUACAACCUUUCAUUCAUCGCCCGUUCGAAGAUGAAAAUGAAGAUGAGACGUAUACCAAAAUAAUUGACGAGGACAUGGACUGUGAUCCAGGAUAUCAGACACACCACGACGCCAUCUCUCACCAGGUGUGUGGUGUCACUCCAUCUUUUCGCGACAGUGACGGGGAGGACUAUAACAGACUUUGUCAUCAAAGUAAAAGAGAUGAGCCCACAGACUGCGUGCCAGAUGCUGAGGAGAACUAUCAUCAUUUUCGUUGUCCUACUCGAUCGCCCGAAGCACGACUAUCUGACGGAUAUGAUUUGGCAAAAACAGUAACUGAUGCUCACGUCUGCUUCAUGAAAGACAAAGAGACACCUGCCUAUGACAACUCUUCCAAUGACCACAUUUCGCAAGACAUUAAUGCUAAUACUGUCCGUGAUGAUAUAUCACUUGACGACACUUCCGAUGAACACACUCCACAUGACGAUUCUCAGGAUAACAAUACUCCUCAUCACCAGACUUUCCAUGACUACACUGUCUCUGAAGAAGAUUCCCGUAACAACCCUUCUUAUGAGAGCGAUUCCCAUGAGAACUAUUCUCCUCGCCAUACUCUCGAUGACAACACUUCUCGCCACAAAGCUACCCCUAAUCCCACCCCUCUUGACAACCUGGCUGACGACAAACAUCCAGGGGAAGUCAGCCGCAUCUCGUCUUGUCCCCAUCAUGAGAACAUUUCUGCAGUUAUAACUGCCAAUAACAACGACGACAUCCAUGAACCUUUCCAACAAGCAGUCAAAUCUCAGCCUACCUACCCUGGGAAUUAACUUAGGAAGGUUUAAGAACCAAGAGCAGAUGCAUCCUUGACGUUGAUGACAAAGACGAGGACAGUUGUCGUAGUUGCUGCUGUCAGUCACAUACCCGACCUCGCCAGUCCAAUACGGUUGCCGUGUGCUCUCAGUAAGAAUCUAAUGCUAGUGUGUGUGGUCAGUGUUAAGUCAUGUCUGUCAGCAUGUGCCUGAUUCUACAUGGUCAGUGUCUCGAAGUUGAGGAAACGCAGGACAUUCUCUGAUUCAGACGGCCAGGAAGAUUAUUAUAGAUGAGAGCCACGUACUAGGUAACGGAUGUUGGCCCUUUGCCAUCUGGGAAGUGUUUCUGUGCCUUCAAACAGCCACAACAUAACACAACACUUUUGUACCAAGGUUUGAACAGGUUGAACAGGCGUUGUUGGUCUGCAACUCAAGCCAAUGUGUGAAGAAUUGAGAAUGUGGGUUGUAUAUAUAUAUUCUAAUCGUACCUUAAUGUACUUUGUGUAUCAUACUUGUCUGUGAAUGGCGAAGUUAGAAACGAUUUCAAAAUUCCUCUCUAAAGAGAUAAUAAAAUUAUUGUCAUCCUUACA